GUUUCUUUUUUAGUUAUGUGUUCAACAAUUCCUGACUCGCACUUCAUCCUACAAUUUUCACAGAUCAUUGUUGACAGGGAACACACAUGAAAUGAGAAAUUUACCUAAAAGUAUACAAAAGACUUUUUCACAUUCCUGCUUGGAGAGGAAGUCCACAUUCACAGCCCAUCAUGGCCAACUACCAUAUACGAAAAUAUGAAGAUAAAGACUAUGAUGCAGUGCGAGAUAUAUUUGCAAUUGGAAUGAGUGAACAUAUUCCUGCCUGCUUUACACAUUGUUUGAAACAGCCUGUCAUACAGCUGUCACUAAUGUGUAUAUUUUGUGCAUUUCUUCUGAGCUCCAAGUCCUUUCUUCUUCCUGUCAUGGCUGUAACCUUUCUACUGGCUGCAGCACGUCAAGUGCUGAACAUCAUGUUCAGAUCAUAUAUUGAAAGAAGUCUAAAUGAAGAUUUACUUGACAUUAACAAAUCCUAUAUGCAAGGUAAAGAUUCAAGUUUCUGGAUAGCAGAAUGUGAUGGGAAUGUGGUUGCCACUGUGUCAACGAUUCCCUCUAAAGAGGAGCCAGGUACUUUGGAGUUAAAGCGCAUGUCUGUGAAAAAGAAUUAUAGAGGUUGUGGAAUUGCAAAAGCCCUCUGUAGGACGGUGUUACAGUUUGCUCGUGAAAAUGGAUACCCUACUGUCAUACUGAAGACAUCAGUUGUCCAGUAUGAUGCACAGAAACUUUAUGAGUACUUUGGUUUUAAAAAAAGUAGAGAAUUUGUUGUUCCUGAGCGUAUUGCAAAAUUGUGCAAUUUUACUGUAAUUGUUUACAGGUAUGACGUUCUUGCACAUGAUUAAGACUUUACAUUUCCAUAUUUUUUCAUAAUUUAAUGAUUGUUUGUUAAACUCUUCCUGAAUUAUCCAUAGCUACUUUGGAAUUGUCAGAAUUGUUCUUUGCAUAAGGUGAUUUACAUUUUUAAUUCCUGCUUCAAGCAUGAUAACAAUGCUAAUGUAAUGUGACAUAUUAUAGAACAGACUAAAUUCAAAAUGUGUUCCCAUAAUGAUUUUUUUAUUGUGAAUUGAAAUUUUUAAAUCUUUUCCUCAGAAAAGUAAUGCUUACAUUUUAAUGAUGUAUUAGAAAACCAUAGUUCUUGCUCUGUCUAUGCAUCUGACAACCAGUUACUGCUUGUGAUGUGCACAGAUCAUGUUUUGACCUUUUUGUUGUGAGCAAUAAAAUUAUGCAUAUCAGUCUCAAUGUGGAAAGGAAAGACCUAUUUUGUAGAAUGCAGGACAUUCCUGGGCCACCUGUCUUCAGAAUUUACUAGGAUUUACACAUAUUUACUACUAUUUUUAAAGAUAUUUUUAAGAUGUUAAAGGUUUCCACUUUAGUUGUGUGAAUUUACAUUUUUUUAUAGAUUCCCACAAACUUUUUUGUGAAGAAGUGUUGUGUUAAUGUGCUUCCUGACUAUCGUCUUGCACGCACUUCCCCUUACUUUUCACCAGCAUCCUUGAGUACCUGAUUUACUAUUCGAAAAAAAAAAUAGCUGGAUCAUCUUUCUUGAUGCCUUAGACCAUUUUGAAGAAUAGUCCUGGAAUACAUAAUAGUAAUCUAUAGUACAGCUUCUAAUACCUUACCAUGGUUACUAGAAAUGCAUGUAGUCUUCCAGAUUUGGCCUCACCUUCAUGUUACAGAGUCUUACCAUAAUAGCCCUUGGUUUCCAGGGUCAGUAAUAUUCAGGAAUUAGCCCCAGUUAAAGUUACAAAAAAGGUAUCUGAUGUCAGAUAAAUGAUAAUAACUGAAAACUAACAUUUUGCUCUUUGGCUUGACUUUGAGAGUAGCUCAUAAUCUAUUCAAUUUUUAGACAGCUAAACUUUCCAGACAAAUCAGCCUUAAUUCUGAGGUUGCAUUUGAAAACUUUACAGCUACUGUAAACUUACUUGUAUCUUUAUGGCUUUAUUUCAUUUUAAGCAAAACCAAGAAAUUGAUGGGAGUUAUGUAAAUUAUUGAAUUGGGAAAUGGGAAGGUCUGGUUUCCUAGAAUACUUGACACUUAAUUUGUGCAUCAAUACUGUCCACCCAGCAAUGUACUAGUAAAUUCCUAAGAUAUCUUUUGGUUCUAUGAGCUGCUUUAUGUUAACUUCCAAUUUACAAUAUUCUCAUAAAUAAGUCUGAUGAAAGCAGUGAGGAUUUGAUUCAGUUGAUGUAGCUCUCAAAAAAAAAAAAAACAAAUCCCUAGAGUGUUUGCUAUCUGUACGCUCAAACAAUAUGCAGAGAAUGUGUUUCCUCUGUGUUUAUAUUUUUGUAUGAUUGCAUCCAUUAAAACUUGUACAGAGUUUAUUAGUUUCGUAAACUACAGGUUAACAUAUCAUUUAUAUUAUACUCAACAUCAGAGGUAUUCAUUUCCUAGUCUAAUAUGGGCCAUUGCAAAAAUGCUAAAAUUAAUUGUAACAAGAAUAUGAUAGCAAAUUGAAAUAUACACAAAACUUCUGCAGUUUCUUUGUUUUCUUCCCUUUUCCAAUGUAUUCAGCCUAUGCUCUUAAUGCAUGCAAACAAAAGCUAAUAAAUGGCAAUGGUAAAGCAAUAA